GGUUUUCUCAGUGGCUCAGUCUCAGUCUCGCUUUCUACUUGUCCUAAUCUCUUUCCCUCCCUCCUAAAGCAGCUUCAAUGGCGGUUACCUUCUCAGAUCUACACACAGAGCAGGGUGUCAAAUCCGUGGAGGAGCACCUCGCCGGAAAAACAUACAUCUCCGGAGAUCAGUUGUCUGUGGAUGAUGUGAAGGUCUACGCCACCGUUUCGGAGAAACCCAGCGAUGCUUUCCCUAAUGCUAGCAAGUGGUACGAUUGCGUCGCUUCCCAGCUUGCUAAAAGUUUCCCUGGAAAAGCUGUAGGAGUGUCAAUCGGUGGCUCUGCUACUACUUCUGCUCAAGCUGAGACACCUCCAGCUGCUGCAGCUGAUGACGAUGAUGACAUGGAUCUGUUUGGUGACGAGACUGAGGAGGAAAAGAAAGCUGCUGAGGAGAGGGAGGCUGCUAAGAAGGACACCAAGAAGCCCAAAGAGAGUGGAAAGUCCUCUGUGCUUAUGGAAGUAAAGCCAUGGGAUGAUGAGACCGACAUGAAGAAACUGGAAGCAGCUGUUCGCAGUGUUGAGAUGCCUGGUCUCUUAUGGGGAGCUUCGAAAUUGGUACCAGUCGGUUACGGUAUCAAGAAGCUCACGAUCAUGCUCACAAUUGUUGAUGACCUCGUGUCCCCAGACAACCUCAUUGAGGACUAUCUCACCUGUGAACCUAACAACGAGUACAUCCAGAGUGUUGACAUCGUCGCAUUCAACAAGAUUUAAACCUCCUCUCUCCCAAAAGAUGUUUUGAUUUUCCCUUCCAGGUUUUGUUCUUUUGUGUUGUUUGCUGAGAUGUUUAUGUUUGUAGUGGCAAGACGUCUUUCAUGUUACGAGAAACUUAAACUAUCAA